GCUUGUACCAUACUGGCAUAGUUUGUUUUCCAUUUUCGGCGAAAGGUUCAUCUUCAUGUGACCGUUGAUGGAGAAUUCCAAUUCCAAAGAUGCUUGAGAGAGUCUCCAUCUUCAGUCAUCCGAGAGAACAAUAUCGUCACCAACAAUGUCAGAUAUCGAUCACUUGCUGUCGAAGAGCGCUGCAGAUCGAUACCUCAAGCGGGAAGUCCUUGGAGAGGGAACCUAUGGAGUUGUCUACAAGGCACUUGAUACUAAGACAGGACAGAUUGUUGCCAUUAAAAGAAUUCGAUUGGGGAAAUACAAGGAAGGUGUGAAUUUUACUGCACUGAGGGAAAUUAAACUGCUUAAAGAGAUCAAUGAUCCGAACAUAAUCGAGCUCAUAGACACUUUCACUCACAAGGGAAAUUUGCAUCUUGUAUUUGCAUUCAUGGAAAGUGAUCUGGAAGCCGUUAUUCGGGACAGAAAUAUUGUUCUUUCUCCUGCCGAUACGAAGUCCUACCUCCAGAUGACAUUGAAGGGUCUGGCAUAUUGUCAUAAAAAAUGGGUCUUGCACAGGGAUAUGAAACCAAAUAACUUAUUGAUUGCGGCUGAUGGUCAGCUUAAGCUAGCGGAUUUUGGUUUAGCACGUAUAUUUGGGAGCCCAGAUCGCAGAUUCACUCAUCAGGUUUUUGCCCGAUGGUAUAGAGCACCUGAAUUGCUGUUUGGAGCUAAGCAAUAUGGAUCUGGGGUUGAUGUUUGGGCCACUGGAUGUAUAUUUGCUGAACUUCUCCUCCGUCGACCUUUUUUACAGGGUUCAAGUGAUAUUGACCAGUUAGGAAAGAUCUUUGCAGCUUUUGGUACUCCAACACCAUCCCAGUGGCCUGACAUGGUUUUUCUUCCUGAAUACGUGGAAUACCAAUUCGUUCCUCCACCUCCAUUGCGUUCAUUGUUUCCGAUGGCUAGUGAUGAUGCUUUAGAUCUUCUGUCAAAGAUGUUCACCUAUGAUCCUAGAGCAAGGAUUUCUGCACAAGCAGCACUAGAGCACAGGUACUUUUCAUCUGUACCGGCUCCGACAAAACCUGCUUUGCUUCCAAGGCCUCCCCCCAAGGGGGAUAGUCUCAAUUCAAAGCCUUCUGAUUUUAAUAUGGAAAGCGGCCCUGUUGUGUUGUCGCCACCUAGAAAGUUGAGGAGAGUGCUGCCACAACGAGAGGGGGGCGAUGGGAAUACAAGCAGGAGCUAAAAUAUACCUAUAGCAUUAAAGCUGGCAUUUUUGGAUGAGAAUACCUUGUAUGAUACUUAGCAGCUGGUAAAGCCUAUCCACUUGUAAUCAACUUUUUUAUGUUGCGUUUCAUUGCAAAGUGUGGUCAUUCGACAAGUUGCACAGGCCAAUUAAGGUUACUUAUUGGAUAGGUUAGAGAAUCAAAUGGACUGUGUUUCUUAGCCUGUUGCUCCAUCCUAUGUUCUUCACGUCACUUCGAGUAUUCAAGCUGCGAUAGCACUUGAGCCUCUCAAUGGACCCUACUCAAUGCGUUCAUACUGAUAAUACACUUGCUAUUUCAGAAUCAUUCAAAUACAGAGCCUCGCAAAUUUGGUGCCCGAUGUCUGACUUCUCCAAUGUAGAGCAAUAAUGGCAAGCUGGAUAGUGGAGACCAGUAACAAUUCCUGCAUCGCUGAAGAUGACUCAAAAGUGGAUGCCAUGAAUCAUUUUGGCAGGACAAUAGAGAUUUUGAUAUUUUUUGUUAUCUUACCUUUUUUUCUCCACGGAUUAUAAUGUAUACUGAAGCAACCAGAACUGAACAUCAAUUAUAUGGAACCUGUUUCCAUGAGAUAUACCAGAAAACAAAUUGAAGGAUUAUCUACUUUUUUGGUAAA